AUGCUUCUACUUGAGAUGGACUCGCGAGAGAAAGCCACGUUACAAAGUUGUAGGAACUGUAUGAUGGAAGAUUUGGACCCCACCAAGUCUUUCCUAGCUCAACUUAACUACAACAACAUCCUGACACAGGAUCAAGUGGAGAGGGUAGAUAAACAGGUAACUCGGCAGGACAAGGUCGUGACCUUGAUGGAGAUCUUGCCCCGUCGUGGACCUCGUGCAUUCCGACAGUUUGUACAAGUUCUGAAGUGCGACUACCAGUGGAUCAGCGAAAAGAUGGAGGCAGAACUCAACAUACAGGAUUACACUCAACGAAUCAGAAACGCUGUUGAGGAAAGAAUGAGAUUAAAUGGUGAAAUUCUUCGUGACAAGGACUAUAUAUUGAAGGUGCUAUCAGAGACAAUUGUUCCCAUUGUGCUUCAAGAAGUGACAAAUAUUUCCCCUACUGAGAGCCCCUCAGAGGCUGUUGAGAAAUCUCUUAAAGAAAUUAUAUCUGAUCAUCUGAUGCCACUUAUAAAGGGGCCAAAAGGGGGAAAACUCAAAUUAGAUUCACUUCAUUAUGAGACUCUCAUGACAAAAAUUUCAGACUUGUUGGAUGAACUAGCAAAACGUUGCUGGAAAUGUCUUGGAUUAGAUGAUGAAGAGGAAAUGUACACAGAAUAUUCUAUACCGCAGCUCAUAGAGAAAAGAUUCACCGAUACAAAAGUGGAAGUAUUAGCCAUGAAAAAGGAAGCAAAAAAGUUUAAAAAAAUUGAGGAGAAACUGACAGCUGAAAAUCAGAAGUAUAAAGUGGAAAUGAAGACAAUGAAAGAUGAAGGUAAAAAAUUAAAAUCAGACAAUGUAACAAGUCGACAAGAAUGUAAAAAACUGAAAGAUGAAUUAAAGAAAUCUAAAAUGGAAAGUGAGAAAUUGCGACAGGAAGUAAAUAAUUUGAAAGAAUUAUUGGACAGUAACGGCAUUGACUUGAGAAUAUCAUCUGAAUUUUUAGGGACGUAA